AUGGCCCCUCCAUCACAAAGGAAACGUAAAGUUGAAGAUGGAAUGCGUGGAAAGACCGAGCGACCAAAGAAACGUUUCCGCAAACAACUGGACUACCACAGCUCAAGCGACGAGGAGGAUCAGGACGAACAAGGAUUUACUCCCGUCAAUCUGAACGACAGCGACGAAGAACAGCGCCCGGGUAAAAAAGUCAAGUCGCGGAAGGAAAAGCCCCUGCGGGCUGUUGUGGAGGACGGAUCUGACAUACAAACCGACGACGAAGAUGAUGAUACGCACUCUGACGCAGCUGCGACUUCGGACGAGGACGGUCCUGAAGAGGGCCCGAACGAGACAGACAGAAGAAAACACAUAAGCAAGCGAAAUGAUCCAGAAGCAUUUUCUACCUCAAUCUCCAAGAUCCUGUCGACUAAGCUAUCACAAUCCGCUCGCAAAGACCCCGUCCUCUCGAGAAGUAAAGAAGCGGUGGAAACGAGUGUCUCCCUCGCAAAUGACCGUUUGGAGAAAAAGGCAAAGGCCAAACUGAGGUCAGAACGCAAGGAAGAGUUAGAGAAAGGAAGAGUCAAGGAUGUUCUGGGCUUGAGCUCAGGACAAGCAGGCGAAGUGGCGGAGGAGGAAAAGAAACUGCGGAAAAUCGCCCAGCGCGGCGUAAUCAAGCUCUUCAACGCUGUCCGCGCGGCCCAGGUCAAAGCGGAACAGGUAGCCAAGGAGGAACGGAAGAAGGGAACCAUAGGAAUGGCCAACCGCGAGGAGAAGGUCAACGAGAUGAGCAAGCAGGGAUUCUUGGAUCUGAUCGCGGGGAAAAAGGAUGCUCGGAGCACAACGGCGCAGUGA